AUGGUGGCUCCUGGUCCGCAGAUCGCUGGAGCCACGAUGAGUCGUGGCAUUGGUCAUGGAGUCACUGGCCCAGCAGUGGCGAGGGCUGGGAGACAGUCCAAACAGGUGAUGGGUUUGGAAGCGCAGCAGACAGUGCGUCUCACGACGAGAAUGUCUACGCCUGCCAGGUUAGCGAACAUCGUGGCAGCCGAUCUGCCUCACCAUCUGGCUUCAGCUUGGAGCCGCGAGGUCUGGCAAUGCAUGCAGCCCAUGUAUGUUGAGAAGGACAGCGGCUCGAGCUCCGACCAGGUCAGCAAUGAGAACGAGCAGCUGAGGCGGGCGUUGGCCCAAGCAGAGGAGCGCCAGGCAGAGUUCGCCAGCGAGGCGCUCGAGGCAUGGCAGCAGCUCCAUCAGGUAAUGCACUGGAAGGAGCUGGAAGCCCAGGCCAAGGCCGAGGCCAAACAGGCAGCCUUCGAGGCAGAAAUGCGCGCCGCACAGGAGGCCUUCGAGGUCACUCGCGCACGACACCAAAAAUUCAAGAACAGAGUGGAGCGGAACCGGCAAGCCCAGAGAGACCACAAAGCUCGCCAAAAAGCUGGGCUCACUUUGAAGCCCCGUGGGCGCAACGGCCAACCUCCAGCUAUAAUGGCUGUUGGUUUUGUUAACGACGCUGAGGCAUCUUCAGCGGCAUCGCCAGCAGCUCCGGCAACGCAAGCUGCUCCCGAUCUGCCGCUGCAGGAGCUGCAGACUGCGGAUCAGGAAGAAGCUGGUGGCGAUCAACCUGCAGAGUGA